AUGGGCCUUGGGCCUGCUGGACGUUCAUUGGCUCUUUUUACUGCCACUUGUACCCCGUGUACCCCUGUAGGAAAUGAGUUAUGCGGAAGUGGAGUUGGAGCAAGAGUCACAGCAGCCCAAUACGCGACUGAUACAACGACUUUGAGUAACAUAGUAGAAGAGAUAUACGAUGGUAUCGGGCCUAAACCACUAAUUAUUUCACCAGGAGGGUUCUUUGACGCAAAUUGGUUCAAGGAGUUUAUUAACAAAACAACCGACAUUCUCGAUGUGGUCACUCACCAUAUAUACAAUCUUGGAGCUGGAGUUGAUAAAGGCCUAGUUGAAAAGAUUCUUAAUCCGUCUUAUCUUGAUGGAUUGGCGGAUCCGUUUAAGCAGCUCGAGAACAUUCUAGAGACGUCAGGAACGUCGGCCUCUGCUUGGGUUGGUGAGGCUGGUGGAGCUUACAAUAGUGGCCAUCAUCUUGUGACUGAUGCGUUUGUGUUUAGCUUUUGGUAUUUGGAUCAGCUAGGAAUGUCAGCUGUUUACGACACAAAGACAUACUGUCGACAAACGUUAAUCGGAGGAAAUUACGGCUUGCUAAACACAACUACUUUCGAACCAAAUCCUGAUUAUUACAGCGCUCUUCUUUGGCAUCGACUAAUGGGGGAAACGGUUCUCUCCACAAACUUUACCGGCAGCAAGAAAAUGCGCUCUUAUGCACAUUGUGCCAAAGAAUCUGACGGAAUAACGCUCCUGCUUAUAAAUCUCGACAACUUGACCACGAUUAAUGUAAAUUUGUCAGCUAACACACUACUCAAAUCUCGGGCACAAAUUGAAUUGGUGACCCAAGAUACAAAAACGGGUGAAUCAACAACACGAGAGGAAUACCAUCUGACAGCAAAAGACGGAGACUUGCAUAGUCAAACGAUGAUGCUUAACGGGAAUGAGUUGACCGUGAAUUCGGCUGGUGACAUACCUCCAUUGGAGCCUUUGCUUGUAAACUCAUUGGAGCCAAUAUCCGUGGCUCCUUAUUCGAUAGUGUUUGUCCACAUCCCGUAUCUUACUUUGAAUGCUUGCGGGAAUUUGGUCAUGGAGUUUUAAGAGUACAGAAACUCGCUGCAAGUUGUAUUCGUAUUUUCUCGCUUGUUCUCAUGCGAAUACUUGUAGUAGUCUUUGAGUUGAGGAUGCUUGUUUGAGUCAUGUAAAUAGCUUUUGAAAAUAAUGAGUUGCUGCAAGAAAAUUUCUUUAGAUUC